GAAGUUUGUGGGACAUAGCAACAGUAGGGUUUUACAAACAUGGAUCUUACUCUCCAGUUUCUUCAAAAUUAGGCACUUUUUCCUUUUACAAAGCAUCCUUUUGGAAGGAAAUGAAACAGAUGCAUCAGACUGAAGGAUCAUCUUAAAAGGACAUCACCAGGAGAAGGGAAAGAAAGCCUUUGGACUAGUGCACUCCCAGAAGGUGGAGGGUAGUUGAUGCAGCUCAUGUGCUCCCAGAAAGACUCGGCCCCUUGACCAUGAAGGACUUUGUUCUAUCAUUACUGAGUCGGGGGUGUGGCCAGAUGGUCCAGGUAGAAGAAGAUAGCUUUGGUGGAAGGAUUGAGGUCUGCCUGGAGCCUGAGGACUAUUUCAACUGGAAAUCCCAACAAGCGCUGCUUCGCUUGUCCCACAGCGGUCAUGUUUGGACAGGAGGGGAACCCGCACCCCCUAGAACCUACAGCACCAGGAGGGGGCCCCUUAUCUUAUACUCUGAGGACCUCGCACUGUCGCCUUUGCGACCUGAUGAUGUCAGCACUAAGGUGCCACACCCCCAGCAUGGAGCGGAGCAUCACGUCUCUCCUCAGUGGCACCUUGCAGACCCUCUAGUGGCUUAUGGCAGAAAGCAGGCUCGGAGGUCCUACGUCUCAGGCGAUGUGCACCCUCUCCUGUCCACCAUCCCCUCCAGGCUCGCUCUGCCCCGAUUCAGCACCAAGCGCUCCCUGGCUCCUCUGAACCCUAUCUGCAAACCAAAGGUCGUGACCUCUGACUCUGAACUCUCUCCAGGUCCCACCAGUAAAUGUGCCCCAGCACAUCCCCACAAGGAGGCAGAAACCUUUUCCACCCCCAGUGCCUGCCCUGCAUCAGGUCACCUGGCCCCAGUAUUGGAGGGAGGGGCCACAUGCCUUGGGGAUAAAAAAUCCCUCCUAUCCUCCACAGAAAAAGAAACAUUUCAAUCAUCCAGCCUGGAAAAUCAAAGAAAGGGUGAGAAUCUGAAGACAUUUAGCUUUAGGGUCAUAAUGGGGACUCCUGGGUCAUGCAUGAGUCCAAUCCCAGAGAACCCUGGCAGCACCGUGGAUGGAAAAGAGGCACAGAUGGCACGUCGCGUGCUCGGCUGCCCUGGGCUCGUAGGAGCUGGUGGGAUAUGCAGCACAGCGGCGCCCCCAGCUGUCAGGGAGGCAGCAUGUCCUCUGAGGACCGCCAGUGUGGACUGCUCCUGGGAGUGCAGCCCCGUCUCACACAUCACCUACUAUGGAGGUCACAUGGGCGGUGCAAGGGCCCGGGGCAACUUGAGGCUGAGGAAGGCCGACUCCCCUGACAGACAGGACGAUGCCGUCCCAGACCCUGCCUUUUCUAACAUACGCUUACCACCUGUGCCUGUGGGACCCUUGGUCGCAUUAGACCAAUUUAGGAACACAGACGUGUCUGAGCCUGUAGCAGGACGGGAGCCACGGACGUGUGACAUCAGCACUGCAGCUCCUGCUCACGCCCACUUGGAAAGACAAGCUCACAGGAAGCUGCUUCUGCCCGUGCUCAUCCCUGUGCACAGAGAGCGGCAGAACAAUCUGCAAUUCCGCGGUGGUCUCUGUGACGACAAUGUUGCAGAUAAGCAGAGGGAUGAGCCCUCUAAGCAAUCCGGACGGGACGAAUGCAACGUCUGUAACACCAGCGGAGUAGGUCCAAAUGCUGCAAAAAUCGCUCCUAUCCUUCACUGCAACAGGCUCAACCCAGACGGCUUGACUGCGCGGGACCCAGGAGAAGAUGAAGGCCGCCCCCUGGGUGUCCUGCCCCCCCUGGCAGGCCGCAGGGGUCCUGGGAAACAGAGUUCCAUGGCCUUCCACAAACACAGCCCUAAUGAGGGUCAUGACCUCCUUGACCCCCACGACCCCGAGAAUGAAGUGGUGCGGGGCAGUCUUCCUGUAGCCCUGAAAGAGUGGGUGAAAAGCGGAGCCCCCGGCACCCUGGUUAUGGGUCCCGGUGGUGAAAUCAUACGUCUGUCUAUCUGGGACCCAGCCACCGACGUGCGGGAGCCCCAGCUGCUUGAUAACAUUAUCCAAGAGCAAGCCCUAAGUGCUCUGGCCUCGGACGCGGUGCUGGAGGAGCCCUGGGCCCUAAUUCUGCAGCCAGAUCCAGCUGAGGCGAGGUUUAUUGACACUACCCUCCGCUACACAAGCCCUCCUCACCCAAGGAAUCGGAUGAUUGACAGGGAAGAUGAUCUUGAUGUACAGCGGGAAGCUGUGAAGAGCCAGGCUGCGGAAGCUGAUCGCGAGGUUGCUGUACAGGGAACGGGAAAAGGGUCUGCCCACAAGAUCCAAGAACAACAGAGAGUCUAUGCCCAGGGUCAUUCCACUGGGGAACACGGUCGGAGUACCAUUCCAUCCCACAGUCUUCCUGUUGAUGAACAGGAGACCAAUUAUUUCUCUGGUCAACGAGAUCCAAUGAGCAUUGCUGCCAGUAGUCUUCUGCCUGAGGAACAGGGGCAAAGGACCGUAUCUUUAAAUGGCCGACAAUUUGAUGAACAAAAACACAAGAUCGGUAUUGCUCAUGGUCAUCCAUUUAAAGAUCAGGAGCAGAAGAUCAUUUCUGACACACCUAAUGUCACGACAGCAUAUAUAAGAAACCAACUUUCAGGGACAGACCAUUCUACAAGCUUUAAUACAACCAUUACUCUGUCAGUACUUCAAGUGGAGGAGGAGGGGGAGGACCUCUCUGAAGAAGGCACACAGGGGCAUGGAGAACAGGGCAGCUCCUUGGUGGUAUCACCAACAGAGAAGUUCCAUCAUAUCAGCCAUCCAGUAUUGAAGCCAACCACCAGUAGUAGUAACUCCACAGUGGACCUUAAGAGCAGCAUGAGGACUGCAGGAGCCCUGAGUGCCAGGUGGACUGAAGAGCCCAAGCAAACAAACACAUCUGCAGAUGUAGACAAAGCAGAAAUCAGGGGGCAGCAAGAGGAAACAAAAUAUACAAAGAGGAAACAGGAGCUUAUAGAGGAAGGAUUACGCAAAAGAUCAGCUGCCCGGGUUCCUGUGGGUGACCAAACAUCAAAAAAAGCAAACCUAAAAGGACAGAGGCUUCAGAAAAGUUCUAGUUCAGAAACAGGGAUGGUGAUGAGCCAAAGGAAAAAGAUGAAAAGCCAAGAGGAGUUUGUUGUUGGAAAGCCACGUGAGCGCAGCGUGAAGACUGACAAAGCUGAGAGAAAUCUCCAUUUAAAGAAGAAACUAAAGGCCUCCACCCUGAAUAAAGCAGCUAAACACAGAGACCUGGGGGCAGAAGAAUGGACUGAGAGCAGAAUGACACGGGACAGUGAUUGUGACAGGGACUGCACAAGCGAUGAAGACGAGUGCCAACUGUGUGGCUCUGUAUCACACAGCUCUGUGGGAGGAGCCUCUUCAGGAACACCCAGCACAGGCAGGACUGACCAGCAGGAGACCACAGCGCCAUACUGCCAAGGGGUGGCUUCUCAUGAUUACCUUCAGACAUCUGGCGAUACUGUGGUGACAGAAGACCAAGCGCAGCUUCUUAGCUGUGAGGCUAGCAGUAGCAUGGAUGACAGCGAUGGAAAACUUGCAUCCUGUGUGGAGCAGCAGAGGGCAGGACCAGCCGAGCGUGCAGAACGCCGCAGAAUGGAAGUGGAGAGGAAGAGAAAGGAGAAACAGGAGGAGAAGCAACGGCAGCAGGAACGAGAGGAGAGGGAGGAGCGCAUGAGGCUGCAGCUGGAGAUCGAGCAACAGCAGCGAGCAGAGGCAUUCAAACUUAAGCGGCUGAAAGAGCAGGAGGAGCAACAGAAGCUGGAAGAGGUUCAGAGGGAGAGGGUGAGGAGAGAGCAGGCUGAUAAGGAGGCAGAAAAGAGGAGACAGGAGGAGGAAAGGCGGCAGCUCCAGCGCCUCCUGAGGAUCAGGCGAGAGGAGCAGGAGCGCAGGGCAGUGGAGCUGGAGAGCCAGCGUGCAGUGAAAGAGGCACAGAGAGAGGAGGAGAGGAGGAAGCUGCAAGAUAUGGAGGAGAGUGAGCGGACGGAGUACCUGUACAGACAACUGAAAGAAGAGGAGCAAAAGCAGAAGGCAGAGGAGGAGAGGAAGAGGAAGCAGGAGGAGGAAACGCAGCAGGCUAUAGAGCAGGCUAGACUGCAAGCAGAAAUAUUUGCCAGGCAGUGUGAAGCCCUCGAGAAGCAGAUGCAGUUCCGGCGGGGUUUGCUGCUGGAAUCCGAGGCACUGGGGCUCACUCAGGACAUCUCGCGCCCCUGGGUCUACUCAUACUUCACCUUGAUGGACGCUCUGGGCCUCACGGCACCACCCACGGCCCCAGAGGAGCUGGCAAGGGACAGCACAGCAUAAAUCCUGCCCAGCCCCCUCCCCAAGUAAGAUCACACCUCAUUAUGGUUACACAAUCGUGCAAGGCUGACAAAUCCAGCAACUGUCACUGAUCGAAAGUGAGUACUACUGCUCUUCAUAAGUCAGUGAUUGGAUUCAAACAUUUUUGUCAUCAUAAAGAACAUCCACAGCCACUGCAUCAAUCAGCGAACUGGAAAGGUUUGCCUACAAAUAAAUGGAAGGUGGCAUAUAGAGUUUAACGAUUUUAAGCAAACCAAUCACUUCAUUUGAAAUGUAUAUUUGCAGUAUUAAAAGGAUAAAAAAUUUUCUCCAACCAAUGCAGACUGGUUUAGAUGCUCAAAUUUGU